ACUAGAGUUGUGAGUGCAGACCUCGAUGUGCACGACCAGGAAAUAUUUUCGACUGAAUAUCAGAAAAUUGUAUUGUAUUCUGGUACAUCGCACCUGGUCGGUCGACAACUUCCAUCAUAAAGUCGAGUCUGCAUCGGACACUAAGUCGCGAGUGGCUAGGAAAUGCAAGCAAUGUUUGUUUGUUUUGUUCAGUAAUACAAGUGAAAUGGCUGGCCUGAUGAGCUUGCUUGAAAGCCUGUGAACAACCUGUCUACCAGUGUACAUGGAAUGUACAUCCUGAAAUGUUGUCAACCAGUUGAGUUCUGUGACUCAUGGCUAUGGCUGUUCCUCGCUCAGUGUUUUCCGUUUUGUUUAUCGUCUUCUUCAGUGUUGACGUGGCUGAGCUAACGUGCACAGAGCUAGAGAUCAUUGACCCCAAAAGCGGCAAUAUGACACAUAAAGUAAGCGAGGUGAAGGGUGGAAGCCUCAAUUUUCGACUUAGUGCGAGGAACUGUUCAGCUACUUCUAACACCCAAACGAUAGUUACAGUUUCUACUUCUGAAGAAGGAUUUCGGCUAGAUGUAUGCAAAUUUAGUCUAACGAUGGAGAAUUGCACCAUGACACAGUCAUCACCUGUGUGCUCGUGCUCAAAUCUUGACAAAGGCCUUGCCCAUUACACACCGGCCUCCUGGUCAGGGGACAAAAACGUCACGAUAAGGUGGACUGACAGAAAUACGAAGGCAGAAAGACAACAAACAAUAUUGUUUACUUCUUUAGGUCACACUGCAUCUCAUUAUAAAAUCAUUGGAACGCUGGAACUGACUGUGAUAGUCACCGCGACAUUGUCCUGCAUUUUAAGUUUUGUUGUCACCUUCGUCUUCAUAGUGAGAAAAAGAUGUAAAAAGAGAGUCACAGAAAGCAACAGGGUGAUCAGUCAGGAGGCUAGUAAUUUGAACACCACGUCGAUCUACGAUGUCGCGAAGAUAAGAACUUGUACAAGAGAUCGCAACAUGGUCGCACGGCAGGAGGCUCGCUACUUGGACAGAAGCUCAGUCUAUGACUUAGCAAAUGCAAGAGCCUUUGGAAGAGGUGAAUCAUCACAUUACUCGGAAAUAUUAGAGCUUCCUGAUACCUACCUGCAUCCGAGUCCUGUAUUACCCGGCUACCUGGGAAGACAAGUGUUAUCCCUGUGACCCUGUCCACUGCUCGCCUGUAUCUUUUGUCUGUGUCCUUAAAAACAAUUUCUUAAGCAAGGUUUCUUUAACUGAGAAAGAUAAAUAAUCAAUUGUAGAAAUACAUUGUGAACUUUAGGUUCCACAGGGAUGUUCUUGUGUUUGGCCGAGCACGAGGGCAUGUAAAUUUUAUUAUGAUUUUAAUAUAUUUCAGGUUUUGACAGGAGUUUGUUUAAAUUUCCCCCAAAUAAUUUUCAAAAGUACCGAAAAUGUUUUUGUAACAAUUUUUUAAAAUGGCUCCUUAAAUUGUAAGAGAUAUAUACAUAUAUGACUUAUAGAAUGCAAAGGGUAUGAUUCUAGAUUACUUAUUACAUACUUAAUUAAACCUAAAAUGAAAACUUACCAAUUCAGUUUAACUGGUUUUGAAGUAUGCCUUCUUGUACAAAGGUAAAGUCGGUAUAUGUUUAUUCUACUCUUCGAUUACUGAGUGGUUGAAUAAACAAAAUUAAAUAUAUUAUUUAUUUUAAAGACAGUAUUGUAAUUUAAUUCAACAUCCCUCUUGGAUUCAAAAAACAAGGAAAACGUAUUUAACAGUUUCAUUAAGGAACAUAAUUCCUUUGUUAUUCCUGUUGCAUUUAUGUGCCAAUAUGGUUGCCACUCUUUAUUAUUAAUGUCAUUGUUGUUUUGCUGUUGUUGUAUAGCACUAGUGUUCAUUUUUGUACAAUCAUUAAAGCUUUAAAUGAGGAAGCUGAGUUGGUGGACUGCUUUUUUAAUAUCCGAUGCUCAGGACAGAGAAAUUUACUUUAGCAAUGUAAUGCUCUUCCUUUUCUACACAUUAUUAUUUAUCGUAAAAUCAGAGACUCGGAAAAAACAUUUUUGAGUCCACAUAUAAACAGUGACAAUACGGCAAAGGUAAUACUACAAAAUACAGAUUUAAUGAUUGAAGUGAAGGUCCAUUGAAUCGUGUUUUGCUCGACGAUAUAAUGUUAGUUCUUUGUGGAAUAAAAAUGUAUGAUAUAACUGACAUUUAAGGAUUGCAACACAUGUGCUAACAUGUGAAUAAAACGAGGUUGUUGCCUCAUGAUUUUUAAAUAGUUCGACCUUCUGAAGCU